AUGCAAUCUUUUAUUGAGAAAAGCAAGCCAAUCUUGCAAAAAGCGGUUGCCCUCGAUCGAGACAAUAAAAAAGAUGAAGCGGUGGAGAAUUAUGCGGAGGGUAUCACUUUAUUGCUUGGAGCUAUGUCAUGUGAUGACACGGUGGAAAGUACCAGAGAGGUUUUACGGGAAAAAAUUUCAAAAUAUUUGGCUAGAGCAGAAAUAUUAAAAGGACAAAUGAAGCCAGAAAUACUCUCAGUGGAGCAGAUAAAUAUCAUGCAUAACGAUACUGGUUUUGGAUAUGCAAGGAUUUUCCAACGAUGCGCGGACAAUGAUCUAACAGAAAUCAAUGUUCGAGAUGCUUACAUUAUGCUGCCUUAUCAAGUUUUAAAUUUCGUACGGUUCUGUGAAUUGUUCGUCCUUCAUGCACCAAAUUUAAAAACGAUACGUCUGCGGACGCAUUAUGAUGCCAGAGCAGAAGGUUUAUUGCAACAACUGAAAGACAGUUUAGCAUGCCGUAACAUCGAAUUAGAUGUUUGUUACGACGAGAAUUUUCAUGAUCGAGAAAUCAGGCAAAUUCAACAAUGGUUGGAUGGUGAAAAUUGGACGUGGAUUAAAUUAUUUUCAAAGUGUAGGGCAUUGCGAAAUUGGCUCCUGUGA